GCUCCCUCCUUAUCAGCAAUUCAGAUUGCAUGCAAAUCUGCGCGCUUUCUUCCAGGGCCACGGCAGCGAGCGCCCAGCGCUUCUCCGGGGAGCCAGAUCUCCUCCUCCUCCUCCUCCUCCUCCUCCUGGGAUUUUCCUCCUUCUCCCCUCCCCUCCCUCGCUCCCUCCCUCCCUCCUCUCUUUCUUUCCUCCUUUUCACCUCCUGGAACAAAAGUGGCCCUUUCGGCUGCGCCAGCGCUGCCUGCGAGCCGGGGCCGCUUUGUCUGAGCGCGGCACCGGACACCGGCGGGGCCACCAGCGGGGCCACCAGCGGGCCACCAGCGGCAUGGGGACAGCGCUGGGCGGCGGUGGCCGGGAGGUGCUGGCGCUGGCUGGCGCUGGGGAUGGCACUGAGCUCGGCGCUGGGCUCCAGCUGCCCCGAGCGGGAGCUGGAGCGCAGGGAGGAGGAGGCCAACGUGGUGCUCACGGGCACGGUGGAGGAGAUCAUGAACGUGGACCCGGUGCACCACACCUAUUCCUGCAAGGUGCGGGUCUGGCGCUACCUGAAGGGCAGGGAGGUGGUGAGCCACGAGAUCCUGCUGGACGGGGGCAACAAGGUGGUGAUCGGGGGCCUUGGGAACCCGCUGAUCUGCGACAACCAGGUGGCCACGGGGGACACGCGCAUCUUCUUCGUCAACCCCGCGCCGCGCGCGCUCUGGCCGGCGCACCGCAACGAGCUCAUGCUCAACUCCAGCCUGAUGCGCAUCACGCUGCGCAACCUGGAGGAGGUGGAGCACUGCGUGCAAGAACAUAGGAAGCUUCUCGCCGACAAACCCAACAGUUACUUCACACAGACGCCGCCGACGCCGCGGGAUGGGUGCCGGGGGAUGCUCUGCGGGUUCGGGGCCGUGUGUGAGCGCAGCGCCUCGGAGCCGGGCCAGGCGCAGUGCGUGUGCAGGAAGGGUCCCUGUGCCCCCGUGGUGGCCCCGGUGUGCGGCUCCGACCACUCCACCUACAGCAACGAGUGCGAGCUGGAGCGGGCGCAGUGCAACCUGCAGAGGAGGAUCAAGGUCGUCAGCAAGGGGCCCUGCGGCUCCAAGGACCCGUGUGCAGAGGUGAGCUGCAGCUUUGGCAGCACCUGUGUCCCCUCCCCGGACGGCCAGGGCGCCAGGUGCGUGUGUCCCUCGUCGUGUGGCACUGUCCCCGAGAGCCCCGUGUGCGGCAGCGACGGCCGCGACUACCGCAGCCUGUGCCACCUGCACAAGCACGCCUGCGACAAGCAGGAGAACGUCUUCAAGAAGUUCGAUGGCCCCUGCGACCCGUGCAGCGCUGUCCCCGCGGAGCCGGGCCGGCUGUGCCGGGUCAAUCCCCGCUCGCGCCGCCCGGAGCUGCUGGCCCGGCCCGAGAGCUGCCCCCCGAGCGCCGAGCCCGUGUGCGGCGACGACGGCGUCACCUACGGCAGCGAGUGCGCGCUGGCCCGCGCCGCCGCGCUCCGCGGGAUGGACCUGCAGAGGGUCCGCUCGGGGCCCUGCCAGCCCCAGGACCAGUGCCAGGACGAGUGUCGGUUCCACGCCGUGUGCCUGAACCGGCGCGGGGCCGCGCGCUGCUCCUGCGAGCGCAUCUCCUGCGACGGAGCGUUCCGGCCGCUCUGCGGGCACGACGGGCGCACCUACGGCAGCGAGUGCGAGCGGCAGCGCGCAGAGUGCCUGCAGCAGGCACCCAUCGGCGUCAGGCACAGCGGGCCCUGCGACCUGGGCGCGCCCAGCCCCUGCCGCGGCGUGGAGUGCGCGUUCGGGGCCACGUGCGUGGUGAAGAACCAGGAGCCCGUGUGCGAGUGCCAGCAGCAGUGCCAGGGCCGCUACGACCCCGUGUGCGGCACCGACCAGCGCACCUACGGCAACGCCUGCGAGCUGCACGCCAUGGCCUGCCGGCUGCAGAGGGACAUCGGCAUCAGCCACAAGGGGCCCUGCGACCGCUGCGGGAAGUGCCAGUUUGGUGCCAUCUGCGAGGCGGAGAGCGGGCGCUGCGUGUGCCCCACCGAGUGCGUGCCCUCGGCGCAGCCCGUGUGCGGCACGGACGGCAACAGCUACGGCAGCGAGUGCGAGCUGCACGUGCGCGCCUGCACCCAGCAGAGGGACAUCCAGGUGGCCUCCCAGGGCCACUGCAAGUCGUGCGGGGAGCAGCCGUGUUCCUUCGGCGGCCGCUGCGUGGGCGGGCGCUGCGAGUGUCCCCGCUGUCCCCGGCAGCCCCCGGCCCCCGUCUGCGGCACCGACGGCGUCACCUACGGCAGCCCCUGCCAGCUGCAGGCGGCCUCGUGCCAGCAGCAGAGGAGCAUCGAGGUGGCCAGGACGGGAGCCUGCGAGGAUGAGUGUGGCUCGGGGGGCUCUGGCUCGGGGGAUGGCAGUGAGUGCGAGCAGGAGCGCUGCCGCCAGUUCGGGGGCUGGUGGGACGAGGACGCCGAGGACGAGCCCUGCGUGUGCGACUUCACCUGCCAGGCUGUGCCCCGCAGCCCGGUGUGUGGCUCUGACGGUGUCACCUACGCCAACGAGUGCGAGCUGAAGAAGACGCGGUGCGAGAAACGCCAGGAGCUCUUUGUCACCAGCCAGGGGGCCUGUCGGGCCCUGGCCACCACCCCUCCGCCCCUGCUGCUCGUGCACUGCAGCCAGACCGUCUAUGGCUGCUGCCCCGACAACGUCACCGCGGCGCUGGGCGUGGGAGCCGCCGGAUGUCCCAGCACGUGCCAGUGUAACCCCUAUGGCUCGUACGGGGGCUCGUGUGAGCCCGGCUCGGGUCAGUGCUCCUGCAAACCCGGCGUGGGCGGCCUCAAGUGCGACCGCUGCGAGCCCGGCUUCUGGAACUUCCGCGGCAUCGUCACCGACGGCCGGAGCGGCUGCACGCCGUGUGGCUGUGACCCCGCGGGCUCUGUGCGCGAUGACUGUGAGCAGAUGACGGGGCUGUGCUCCUGCAGGACGGGCGUCACGGGCAUGAAGUGCACCCAGUGCCCCAACGGCAGCACCCCGGGCGCCAGCGGCUGCCAGGAAGACCCCUCGGCCCCGCGCUCCUGCCUGGAGCUGAGCUGCUCCUUCGGGGCCUCGUGCGUGGAGCUGCACGGCUUCGCCCACUGCGAGUGCCCGUCCCUGCUCUGCUCCGAGGCCAACAUGACCAAGGUGUGUGGCUCUGAUGGUGUCACCUACGGGGACCAGUGCCAGCUGCAGACCAUCGCCUGCAGGCAGGGCCAGCACAUCACGGUCAAGCACGUGGGGCAGUGCCAUGAGUCCCUGGCCCACACGAGCCCCCCGGUGUCCCCCACGCCGCUGCCCACGCUGGCCCUGCUGCCCGCGCCCCCUCGGGCCACCCCAGAGCCCAGCGGGGCGGCCACCAGCCCCACACCGCCAGGACAACAACCCACAGAGCGAGGCCACCCCACAACCACCCGUGUGACCACAGCCAGGCCGGCCACCACGGCCUGGGUCACCCACGGCGUGCACAAAGCCACCGUGCGCCCGCUGGCCACCGCGCCCGUGCUGGUGGCCACGGGGCAGCCGAGCUAUGGCGAGUCCGGCAGCGCCGAGGGCAGCGGGGACCAGGACAUGGGGAGCAGCGGGGACCAGGAGAGCAGCGGGGCGGGCUCUGCCGGUGAGGAGGAGGAGGAGCCGGACGAGGCCCAGGUGACAUCCACGGCUGCCAUCGAGAGGGCCACGUGCUACAACUCGCCCCUGGGCUGCUGCUCCGACGGCAAAACCGCGGCGGCCGACGCCGAGGGGAGCAACUGCCCCGCCACCAAGGUGUUCCAGGGAGUGCUGAUCCUGGAGGAGGUGGAGGGCCAGGAGCUGUUCUACACCCCGGAGAUGGCUGAUCCCAAAUCCGAGCUCUUCGGGGAGACGGCGCGCAGCAUCGAGGGCGCCCUGGACGAGCUGUUCCGAGCUUCUGAUGUCAGGAGAGAUUUCAGGAGCGUCCGCGUGCGGGACCUGGGCCAGAGCAGCGCGGUCAGGGUCAUCGUGGAGGCUCACUUCGACCCAGCCACGUCCCACACGGCCGCCGACAUCCAGGGGGCUCUGCUGAAACAGAUCCGAGCUGCCAGGAGAAAAACCAUCCUGGUGAAGAAACCCCAGGCAGAGCACAUCAAAUUCAUGGAUUUUGACUGGAUCCCCCGGCUCUUCACCACCACCGUCACCACCACCACGGCCACCACCAUGGCCCCAGCCACCACCCACAGGAUCCCUGCAGCCACCUCAGCCCUGGCCACCACCCACAGGAUCCCUGCAGCCACCACCCACAGGAUCCCUGCGGCCACCUCAGCCCCGGCCACCACGCGCCGUGUCCCGGUGGCCACGCCGUCCCUGGGCAGAGCCGGUGCCAAGGCGGUGGCCGUGGGCAGCACCAGGAGGCCCAGCCCCAGCAGCCCUGGCAGCAGCAGGAGGAAGCCGACCCAGUGGCCCCCUGGCACCCCCAGAGCCCCCCGGCCCUGCGAGUCCCAGCCCUGCCUGCACGGCGGCACCUGCGAGGACGACGGGCACGGCUUCACCUGCAGCUGCCCCGCGGGACGAGGAGGGGCUGUGUGUGACAAAGCCACCGGCAGCUCCAUCCCCAGUUUCGGGGGCGAGUCGUUCCUGGCGUUCCGGACGAUGCGCGCGUACCACACCGUGCGCAUUUCCCUGGAGUUCCGCGCGCUGGAGCCCAGCGGGCUGCUCCUCUACAACGCCCAGAAACACGGCAAGGACUUCAUCUCCCUGGCCCUGGUGGGGGGCUUCGUGCAGCUCAGGUUUGACACGGGCUCUGGCCCGGGCACGGUGAGCAGCCGGGUGCGGGUGCAGCCCGGGCGGUGGCACCAGCUGCUGGUGACGCGGAACCGGCGCAACGGGAGCCUGGCCGUGGAUGGGGAACCCCCGGUGAGCGGGGAGAGCCCCAUGGGCACCGACGGGCUCAACCUGGACACCGACCUGUUCGUCGGGGGAGCGCCCCGCCAGCACAUGGAGCUGGUGGCCGAGCGCAGCGCUGUCACCGCGGGGCUGCGGGGCUGCAUCCGCCAGCUGGGCAUCAACAACCGCCUGUACCAGCUGCAGCAGGGCGCCGGUGACGUCCUGUACGGCAGCGCCGUGGGCCAGUGCGGCCAGCAGCCCUGCCAGCCCAACCCCUGCCACCACGGCGCCGUCUGCCACCCCAGGGAGGACAGCAUGUUCCACUGCCAGUGCCCCGAGGGCUACACGGGGCCCACGUGUGCCUUGGAGAGGAACCCGUGCGAGCCGUCCCCGUGCCACGGCUCUGCCACCUGCCUGGUGCUGCCCCAGGGCGGGCACCUGUGCGCCUGCCCCAUGGGGCGCCACGGCGACUCCUGCGAGCAAGUGACAGAGCAGGAGCAGUCCGGGCCCUUCCUGCCCCAGUUCAGCGGCUCCUCCUACCUGGAGCUGAACGGGCUGCAGAGCUUCGUACCCGACCUGCAGGACAAGAUGUCCAUGGAGCUGGUGUUCCUGGCCAAGAGCCCCACGGGGAUGAUUUUCUACAACGGGCAGAAGAGCGAUGGCAAAGGGGACUUUGUGUCGCUGGCCCUGCGCGAGGGACACCUGGAGUACAGAUACGACCUGGGCAAGGGGCCAGCCCUGCUCAGGAGCAGGGAGCCUGUGCCCCUGGACACCUGGGUCAGGGUCCAGCUGGAGAGGAGCGGCCGCAAGGGCGUCCUGAGGGUCAACGACGGCCCCAGGGUGACAGGAGAGUCCCCGAAAUCCCGUAAGGAGCCACACCAGGUGCUGAACCUGAAGGAGCCGCUGUACGUGGGGGGAGCCCCCGACUUCUCCCGGCUGGCGCGGGCGGCGGAGAUAGAGCAGGGCUUCCAGGGGGCCCUGCAGAGGCUGUCCCUGGGGGCCGUGGCGGUGCUGCAGCAGCGGAACGUGCGCGGUGCCAGGGAGGUGUCGCGGUUCCGGGGCCACCCCUGCGCCCACAGCCCCGGGCCCUGCCAGCACGGCGGCUCCUGCCUGCCCACCCUGGGCUCCUACCAGUGCUCCUGCCAGAGGGGCUUCUGGGGGGCCCACUGCGAGAGAGUGAUCAUCGAGAAGGCAGCAGGGGACGCUGAGGCCGUGGCCUUCGAUGGCCGCACCUUCCUGGAGUUCCACAACAGCAUCACCAAGAGCCACCUGAGCAAUGAGAUCCCAGCUCCCGAGGCGCUGGAUUUCCCCUCGGAGCCCAGCGAGAAGGCUCUGCAAUCCAACCACUUUGAGCUGAGCAUCAAGACCGAGGCCACGCAGGGGCUGCUGCUGUGGAGCGGGAAGGGGCUGGAGCGCUCCGAUUACAUCGCCCUGGCCAUCGUCGAUGGCUUCGUGCAGCUCAGCUACGACCUGGGCUCCAAGGGCGUCACCCUGCGCUCCAGCGUGCCCGUCAACACCAACCAGUGGGUGCACAUCAGGGCCUCCAGGGUGCAGAGGGAGGGAUCCCUGCAGGUCGGGAAUGAAGCUCCCAUCUCCGGCUCCUCUCCCCUCGGCGCCACCCAGCUGGACACGGACGGGGCGCUGUGGCUGGGAGGUCUGGACAAGCCCAGUGUGCCCCCCAGGCUGCCCAAAGCCUUCAGCACGGGUUUCAUUGGCUGCAUGAGGGAUGUUCUGGUGGACAGGCGGGAGCUGCACCUGCUGGAGGACGCGCUCAACCAGCCGCGGAUAUUGCACUGCUCUUCCAAAUAACCCCAGACCCUCCCUGCCUGCCCCCUCCUGCCUAUUGCUGUAAUUAUUUUCUAUUUUUGUAAACUUAUUGCUUUUUAUAUUUUUU